AUGUCCCAACCACCGUCACCCCCCUCCCCAACCCUCCUCUCCCUCGCAAAUUCCUACCCCCACAACCCAGCGCACCUCCACACCGUCCUCCUCCCGCAACUAGCCCACCGCCUCCGCCUCGCAGCCCUCUGGUCCAUCGCACCAUCAACAAAAGUCCUCGACAUCGGCUGCGGCCAGGGGGACUCGUCCCUCGCCCUCUCCCACGUCGUGGGCCCACCGACCCCUGAUGGUGACAACACCACCGGCGCCGGGGCGGCAUCCGGUGCCCCGCCCGGCCCCGGCCACGCCGACGCGCCGGCCUACCUCGCCUCCAACCCCUCGGCGUCCUUCGACACCGCGGCCCUGUGCCACUCGCUGUGGUACUUCCCGUCCCGCGCUGCCGUCGUCGCCCUCUUUGAGGCGCUCUACUCGUCGGGGCAGGUCAAGAGGCUCUGCUUCGCCGAGUACGCUCUGACGGCCAGGACCCCUUCCCAGAAGCCGCACGAGAUGGCCGUCGCGGCGCAGAAGCGGUUCCAUGCGCUCCGCGAGGACAGGGGGCUCACGCUGCACCAGGCAAACGUCCGCGGCGCGCUGGACCCGGAGGAGAUGGUGGCCUUGGCGCAGGAGGCCGGGUGGAAAUUGGUGGAGAGAGGGGUGGUCGACACGCCGGGGCUGUUGGAUGGGCGGUGGGAGGUUGGCGCCGUGGUGGAUCCGAGUUGGGCGGAGGAGGUGGCCGAGGAGGGGUUGGGGAAGAAGGCCGAGGAGGAGCUGCUCGGAUACGUUGCUGAGGUCAAAGCCGCUGUUGACAAGUUGAAGGAGAGCGGGGAGAAGGUCGCGACGAUGGAUGCUGUGUGGGUGGUUAUGGAGCGCUGA